AUGACGUCCACCCCGAUGGUGCCAAAUCGGCUGCAAGAUCUCCCACUACACGUACUUGAUGAGCUUUGCGGGCGCCUAACACGAGACAAGGCCGGACGACGCGGCCUGCUCGCCCUCUCCCUAACGAGUACUCGGCUCGCCGGCUUAACCACAAGAUUCCGCCUCCAAACAGUGCAUCUCGUGGUUAAAGGCCCCCAGAAGCUACGCAGCGAUAUUGCGACUCUGACGGAUGUGUUGGCAGCUCGUGACAAUGUGCCCUACGUGAGACGACUCGAGAUUCGCGGCUCGAUGUCACGCGCCGCAUCUGGUGAAAGGCAAUCUGGUGGCGACCACGGUGAACAGCCGAGCUUGCAGGGAGCGAAUGGCCCUGUGCAUGACUACUGGCCGCCCGACGACGACGGCGACUUUUGGGGGCCGGCCCGGGAACCAGUCGACUUUGAUCCUACGGGACCUGGCUCGGCCGGGCAAGACCGGGUGCGAGAUCAGGCUGCAUGGUCCUGUUUAGCCAGCUUCAUCGGGGAGCUGAUCCAGCUCGCCGACGUCGUCUACGCAUGCGAAGACCAGGUGCCACCUGCGUCCAGUCUCCGCGAUAUCGACCUUGACGAAUACAUCCUCGCCUCAUCGCCAUGCCUGUCGAGCAUUCGAGCGCGUGGCACUGCGUCUGGCUUUGAUUCGCGCGGCCGCAUCAGUUUCAAUGAAGAAGCAAUUCUGCGAAUGGUAGCUGGGAGACUUUGCGCCCUAAGGACUGUUUCUAUAUGGGUGAAGGGCCCAGAUGAGACCAUCGAGCACCACAGGGCUCUAUCAGCUCCGAGACCCACGUGGGCAGGAUUUUUCCGCAACGAUGCGCACGGUUUUCCCGAUGACGGACUUGGUGCACUUGAGAACUUGGUACUUGUCGGCGGCGAAUGCCUGACCCCUCAGAUCGUCACGGCUUGGAGCAACCACACAGACUUUAACAUGCUUCAGUCCUUGCGUCUUCUCUUCGCGUCUACGAGUCUCGCUGCACUGCAGAUUCUCACCGAAGAGGUGCGAACUUACAGGGCUCUCAGCCAGCUGCCUCAUCUCGACUGCCUCAGCCUGCUCCUAGACUGCUCCAACCUCCAUGCGAUGGAAGAAGCUGAACCAGAGUUGACUGAUGUCGAGAAGCAGUUACCCGAAAGCGACGUUGAUAUAGCUUCCAAAUACCUCCGCGACGCAUUCAUAAAUGUUGCUGUGGACGAUACAGUCGCAGCAGAUAUCUUCAACUCCUUAUCCUUCCAACGUACUCCUCGAAUUAUUAGCGUCCGCCCCACCGGUGCAGGGGAUUUCGGGAGCGCGUAUGUCGAUAGGCCAUUUUAUACGAUUGCACGGUGCCUAGGCCGGCACUGGGUCCGAAUUCGCAACCGGAGAGCUGGCUGCGACGAAUACUAUACAGCAGAGAUCAAGUCCGAGGAGACGAAGGAGGCCGAGAAGAAACUGAGCAAUGACAUUGAUCCAUUCUACGAGGCUAUUCUGAAUUCCAUAUGGCCUGAUGCGAAGGAGCAUAGAAAGCAAGCAUGGAAGGGUCUGCGACUAUGGAGGGAACCUGAUCGGUUGGACGAGUAUCCCUGUCCGCCUGAAACGGAUUAUGGACGCUCUUGA